CAAGGAACAGCUUUUUUUUUUUAGAAAUGGAACAUCGAUGUUUUUCGUUUAAUAGCUAGUGGCAUACAUGUUUAAUCAUGGGGGACGAUGAUAAAUUAGAGAUGAUUACACGGGUCCGUGAGUUGUUUCACGGACGAUUUAACAGAGAGGAAGUUAGACGUCUCCUUGACAACCAUAACUGGAACCAACCGGAAACAGUAGAUUUUAUUUUCAGCAAUGAGCCUGCAAUAGUUACCCAGUUAAUCACCGGAAAAUCAGAGAAUGACAUUGUUGGUCUUCAAAAAAGCGAGUUACUCCGCCUGAACGCAGAGAAGGAUAAAAUUCCCAGCAAGAAGCGACAGUUCGCGUGUGAAGCUUGUGACAACGUGUGGUGGAAGAGGGUUCCGAAGCGUAAACCAGUCUCUAAGUGUAACAAAUGUCUGCGAAAGUUUGACCCAGUACCAGAAGACGAGGAAUAUGGAUGGGCUGGCUUCACCUGUUCUUGUGGGAACGAAUUCAGUGGGUAUGGUCAGAAAAAUGUCACAACCAGCAAGUGCUACAAGUGCAAUUCUAUGGCUCUGGCUACCACCGUACGACCACCGGAAGCAAGGAAAGGGCGGAAGUCACAGAGUCGCCAUAGCUGUAGCGCGCCGGACUGUACCCAUCGUCAGACAGGGCACGAACCAAGAGGUGCCGAGUAUCAAAACACAGGAUAUAGAGGUAGGGGUGGAAGGAGUCCAAGAGGUUACGGGUACGCUAAUCCUUAUGCCGAGUAUAAUGGACAAGGGCAUUACAGAGUUGGCCAUGGAGCUGUUCUAUAUGAGAGAAAUGACAUACCUGCACAAGAAGAGAGUCACAGUCCCAGCACGUGCGUCCACCCGGAGUCCCGUCAGUCCAGCGGUAAGAAGCGCGUGAUUGUUCCUAGCCUGCCCCACCGGAGUUCCGGAUCGACAGUCGAUAGUCUGGUUUUGGAUGACGACGAGGCGUCCUCGGUCCUGUCGGAGUACCGUCCCAGUGUCGACAAUAUACCAGAGGUGUCUGAUGAAGAGAAUGACCAGGGAGCCGAGUAGCUUUUAUGAAACUCCGUAGUCGCUGAUCAGAUUCCUUGUUUUUCCCUCCGAAUCCUGGUUACCGACUAUUGGUUUUAAAAUCAAAAUUUAUGAAGAGAAUAAUUAUUAGCCAUAAGUACUCUUGAUAUGCAACAUUCUUACAAAGCAAAAAUUUAUUUAUAUCUACCGGUACAUCUAUUUUUGGUAUUUUAAGAAUUUGUUGUUGACUUGUUACAAUGAAGAGAAAUCAUUCCUAGUGAAAACAAGGCAGCGAAAUUGAAUGUGACGGAUACCGAUUGAUUCCGUUAUAAUUGAUAUCUAACCAAUUUCAGCAUUCCCAGCCCGAAACUUUGACAGACUUGGCAAUGUCAUUAAAUCCAGCCAGAGUUAUCUUUCCUAUGACAGGUCUGAUUAACCUAAGACGGACUCGGAAUUUUUUUUAUAAGUGACAUGGUUCAAACAUGUUUCCGCAUUUUUUGGAAUAUACAUGAAACUGUAUAUUUUAUUAAAAAAUUCUUUCAGAAAUGAGCUAAAUGAAUUAUUUCAUAUUUAUCCACGUUGCCAUAUUGCAUGUACAUUACGAAGCGUUCUACCUGGUGUUAUAUAUCCCACAAGUGUAGCGUUCUACCCGGUGUUAAUUAUCCCACACAUGUAGCGUUCUACCCGGUGUUAAUUAUCCCACAAGUGUAGCGUUCUACCCGGUGUUAAUUAUCGCACACGUGUAGGGAACAUGUUAUAUCACCUUCUGUUAUUAUUCCUUAUUGGAAAUAAAUCAUUUUCUCUUAUACAACUGCUGUGAUAAAAUUACAGUUAUUUGUAUUUUAAAAAUAAUUAUUUAAAAUAUAAUUUUAAGGUAAGCUAGUCCUCUUAUUGUUAUAAUAUUUUCAGUCAAAAUGAAAUGUUUGAUUCUUUGAUAUAAGGGACCAAUGCUGAGAUGAUUUGUGUGCAUUUAUUUGCUGAAUUGCAAAAUUGUGGAAAACUAUGUAUGAACGCUCUUUUCUAAUAAAAUUUUUAAAGAUGCUGAAAUAAACAUGAUUAUCAUACAAGGUAUGAAAUUGAACUGAA